AUGAUAUCGAGUGGUUUCCGCAAGACGAUGAAGAGCUUUUUCGUGGGAUUUUUGAUGGGAAUGGUGGUCCUACGACAAAUGCCUUUGGCUCUUCAACCAUAUACCGAGCAGGAGACUGGGGUCAAUAAUCAGCCCAUCAAUAGCAGCGCCAGCGCCGUUGCUAUGGAUACUAAUCCAAGAAUACCUACAGAGGAUGUCCAAGAUAAGGAUGUGGCUAGAGUCCUAGAUACACAACCACAAACACAAUCCACAGAAAAACAACCAAUCGAACUACCAGCAAUAGAAAGUGAUCACGAGAAUCCAGUCCAACAGCAACAACAAGUAGAUCAACAGCAACAGCGACAAAAUGAAGUCACUGCUGUUGACACGGGUGAUGAAAUUCCCGCUGUCAGUUGGGAGUCCCAAAACCAACCAGACUCGACUCUUCCACCCACGGCGUCUGUCUUUCCACAAUUCAUUCAAGACUACAUUCAAUUCCACAAUCAAAAUCGUGGACAUCCUGCUGCCAAAUAUCUCAUUUGGAGAUGUCCGCCCAAUGGUCAAUGCGGUGGUACCGGAGAUCGCAUCAAGGGCAUUUUGUCCGCCCUCUACACAGCCAUUUGUACCAAUCGAGUCCUACUCAUUGAUUGGCCCGUCGCGGGAGGAGGCGACGUCUCCCAAUUUCUACAACCCCAUACCAUUGAUUGGACCAUUCCCAAUUCCAUCAAGGCAUAUAUGCAAACACUAGUGAAAUACAGUGCCAUUGACAGUUACGCCCAUCCCGCUUUUCAACAGUUGCAAAUACCCGCGCGGAUGGCGGACGUUCCCAUGAUUGAUAUGCGCUCCAAUUUAUGGAGCGAACACGUCAAAGCCGUCGUGUCCGUCAAUGACACGCAAUGCGUCCAAGAACAAUUGUGGACCAAAGAAACCGUACCCAAUCCAUUUGCAACACAACAAAAGGUACUCUUUCGCAUGGGAUUCUGGGCACUAUUCACGUUUGCCGAUCAAGUACACGAACGAAAACUCAAUAUGCAAAUGAGAACGGGUUUGUUGCUCGAACAACAACUCAAACGACAACAAGAGCAAGAAGCAAUGCAACAACAACCAACUAGACGACGACGAUUGCAACAAGAUCCCCUUCAAUUGAAAAUCAAUCAGGCCGUACGGACUCAUUACGCCAAGGAAACCGCCCGCAAACAAAAAGCCAUGAUUCAACAUCAACUGGCUGAACAACAAAAACGAAAAUCACAACUCCAACGAUUGCAAAAGGAAACCGCCAUGGCCGGGAAAACUACCCUCCAACCCUACAUUGCCGUACACAUUCGAACCGGUAACGGUGGAAAUUCGUGGAAUGAUCCGGCACGACACAAUACCGUGCAAGAUUUUGAACAAUUCUAUCACUGUGCCAAACGAUUGCAAGACGGAAUUUAUCAACGACAACGAAAGCAGUGCAUUGACAACAACGACAACAGCAAAAAUGCGACUGGCAAUACUACCUACGACUAUGAUUAUCAACGACCACUCCCACCCCUUCCCAUUUACGUCGCAGCCGACAAUGUACUCGCCAAGCAAGCAUUGGUCGCACUCGAUCAACAACAAUCGCAAUCCAGUCAAACCAUUCGAGUCUUGGAACAAAUGCCCAUUUAUCACAUUGAUCGAUCUCGCAGGGGAGGUCACGGCGAUGAGAAUACCGUGUGGGGAGAGUUUAAUGUCUUGCUGGAAUCGACGUGCCUCGUCGAAAGUCGCUCGGGGUUUAGCGAUUUGGCCGCGUGGUUGCAACCUGCGCACGGGAAACGAUGUGCCAUUUUGUACAGCAAAUGCAACGACCCCGUCCAAGUGGCAGAAGCCUUGGAUGCUUUGGAGUUUAUUAAAUGUUGA